CCCAGCUCCGCUGUAUGCAGGGGGAAGCACACUUUUGGCUUUGUUUAAGUCAGAUUUUACAGAGGAAUAUUCAUUUUCUUCAAGAUAGUCGAAGGAUCAGGAAGAACAAGGAAAAUAAAGUAAGAAAAAAGAUCACAAGGAUUUGUUCUUAAUUUUUUUUUCCGGUUGUAUUGAGAGGCAUGUGACAGCCGGUUUUACCACUGAAUUCUUUGUCACAACAACACGUGAGACAGUCUAAUCGCUCUUUCUUUGAUGUUGUGCUUUUUAGUUUUACUUUGAGAGAAUAUACUGACAUAAGACAAAAUGGUUGCUGGAAUGCUGAUGCCCCUGCGGGACCUAAGGGCCAUCUAUGAGGUCCUGUUUCGAGAUGGUGUCAUGGUGGCCAAGAAGGACAGGAGGCCUCAGAUUAAGCACCCUGAUGUGCAUGAUGUGAGCAACCUUCAAGUAAUUCGUGCAAUGGGCUCUCUUAAGUCCAGGGGCUAUGUGAAGGAGACAUUUACCUGGAGACAUUUCUACUGGUACCUGACCAAUGAGGGCAUUGUUUACCUGCGUGACUACCUCCACCUGCCCCCUGAGAUUGUCCCUGCCUCCCUGCAGAGGGUGAGGAAGCCAGCUGCCUCUCAAGCCAUUACCCAGCGUGCUACACGGGUCCAAUCUGUUGAAGGUCCUACCUCUUAUGUUCCCAAGCCAGGACGCAGGGGUGAAGCAGAGAGCCAAGAGGCAGUGGCGGAGCGUCAAGGCUAUCGCCACAGGAUGAUGGGUCCAGGAGAAAGGGAGAACUACUUUGAUAGGACCCCCAGGUUCAGGGGCCGUCCACUGGCUGCAGAACCAGUCAGGCCAAAAGCAUCAUGGGAGGGGGAAGACCAUUCUCAGCCCCUCUUCAGCAAGGAAAGCAGCAUCAGAAGUGAAGCAGAGGUGAUGGAAGAGAGCAGGAUGAAAAGACUCUCUCGUCAGCAGCCUGCUGUAGGCAGAGAGAGGCCAGUAAUGACAUCACAGGAGAGAAGAGUGUUUGAGGUCCAAAAAGAGAAAGUGCUUGUGCCUGUUCAGAUGGCAGCUUUGAAACAGGAUGUACAGCAGACCACUCAGACAACAGUGUCCUCCAAAACAGCCCUCCCAUUAACUGUGGCUGCUGUCACUGAGGCUACAGCUGCUGCAACAUCAAAGAUUCUAGGAGAACCCAAAACAAAUAAGGAGAAGCCUAAAAUUACUGAUGAAAAAACUUUCACAAAGUCUAGUGAAAUGUUCACAAGCAAAUCAGUCAUCACAAGAUUUCCUGAUACAGAGAUCAGAGAAGACAAGAGAAAAAAGGUCACUGUGGAUCCAGUUAAAUCUGCAGAGGUGAAGGCUAGAGCUGAAACAGUAAUUGAUAAAGUACAGUCCCAAGCACUUAUCACAAUGGCUGCUCCUCGGGAACCCACCAGUCUCAUUACUGACACUGCCACAGCUACCAGUGUCAUCACAAAAUCUAUCAAUAGAGAUGUCACAGGACAGAAGACCAAAAAGGUGAUUGUGGAUCCAGUUAAGUCUGCAGAGGUGACGACUAUAGUUGGAACCGUAACUGAUGAGGGGAAACCCCAGACAGUUACUGCAAUAGCAUCUGCUCAGGAAUCCUCCAAAUGUCUUACUCCCACUGAUGCCGCCGCCUCUGUCAUCACAAAACCUGUUAAUAAAGAUGUCAAGGAAGAGAAGCUUACAAAAACAAAGGUUACUGAGGCAUCACUUAAACCCACAGUAGAGAAGACCCCAGUUCCAGUAGAACCAAAAACAGAUCACGAGAGAGCCAAAAAACCUGCCAAAGUAACUAUCAGUCAACAGACCACUACACCCAAACCUGACAGCAGCAAGAGCAAACCAGAGGGGUCUACUAAUAUAGCACAGGAGCUCUCCACAGUUAAAGUGUCUCAGGAACCCAUUGGUAUGACAAUGACCUCAGUGAAUCUCUCAGAAAAGCCUAAAACUGAUGGCGUUCUCCAGAAAACUAUUACAGUGACUGAAUCCUCAAUACUUGAAAGUAAAACCACCAUUAGUACAACAAGCCUUAUGGCACCUGUGGCCAAUGCUGAAGUUGCACAACCAGUCACGGGGGAAACUACAAUAACAGAGAUGAUUAGAAAACAGGGAAAAAGAGAUGUAAAGAUAACUGCUCAUGUCAAGAAGGAUGAAAAAGUAGCACCAGAGGAGGAGCUUAAAGACUCAAUACAGGGCCCGACAUUAGUGCAAAAAGACACCUCUUCACCUCAGCACAGUCACAAUGUUGUCACCACAGAGGUGAUUAAAGAGACCAAACAAGUGCUUGAAGGAAGCUCUAAAUCCAAAAGAAAGAAAAAGAAAGGUGAGAUAUCCAAGACUGUCACUGCAGAGGAGCCAGCUGCCACAAAGGUGGAGGAGAUAAAAACCUCUGAAGACAAGCUCCAUGAGGAGGUGGUAAAGAAUACCCUCCAACCCUUACCAGUGAUGACCUCAGAGCCCAGUAUAAAGACUGAGGGGGGAACACCUGUAGAGAAAAAAAGGAGUCCAACAGACAUUGAUAAAGAUCAAAUAAAAGAAGUACCCAAACACGCCGAUGGCAAACCAAAGGAGGAAGUUUCUGAACAAGCUAAGACUAUUUCUGAAGAAGAAUUAGGUCAGAUUCUUGCAGUUUCGCCAGUGGAGCAUACAGAUGAUGCACAACUAAGAGCAACGGUUGAGGAAAGCAAUGUCAGCAAGAUCACACAUGGACCAUUACUCUCCAAGGGUGAAUUAAGUGCUAUGUUGCCCCACAUGAAGUCAGAGGAAACUGCCAUCAUCAAAGUGGAAACAGGGAAGGUGAAAAAAGUAAUCCAAGUUGAAGCCAUACAAGAAAGCUCCAAAUGUGAAGAGGAAAGCCCUGCACCACUGUCAGAAUCUCAGAAACCCACAAUUGUCACUAAAUCCCUUUCAAGCACAGGGAAAGCUACAGAGGAAUCUUCAAAGGGUAAGAAGAAAGGCAAAGAAAAAAAGCAGGCUAAGGCCUCAGAAUCAGAGACUGUAACCACAAAGCCUGUCAUUUUGCCUGAAGUUUUGCCAUCCACUAUGAUUACAUCAUUUCCUAAGGCCACAGGUAAAGGCAGCCCUGUCAUGGCCUCUGAACUGACAGAAACCAGUGUUUCUCCAAAGAUUGUUCCCAAAAGAAUGUGCAGUGAGGAAACCAGGCAGUCAGCAGCUGUGCUCUCUGAGGCCCCAGCAGACAAAGGGGAGGCGGAGCCAGUACUGCUCAAUACAGAAAAAAUCAAGCGGGAGGUUCCGAAACCAAAAACAUCCUCCACUGCUAGGGAAGCACCCGCAGCCGGAGAAUUAGCGUCAGCAGCAACAGUAACGGCAGAGGCAGGCGCAGCUCCAGCCCACGAGCACGAGGAAGAGAAGAAGAGGGACUUGAAGGAGGACACACCCUCUGUGACUGCCACACCUGGGGCUUCCCAGCCUGCACAGCCUGACUUGGGUGACACCUGUAACUCUAAAAGCCCUGACACAGACGAGGCAACCAUGAAGAGGAAAAUUGUAGUAGUAGAAGAAGAGAUAGUUGAGGUGAAGCAGCUUGUUAAUCCUCAGGCAGCUGGGGAGCAGACAUCUCCUCCACCACCUGUGCAAUGUGAGGCAGAAGAAGUGGAACGGGACAUGGGUAUUAAGGGACAGAUCAUAUCAGAGAUGGCACUUUUGAACAGGGAUGAAGGGGCCAAGAUGAAAGAAGCCUCAGCUGAUACAGAAUGGGACCACUCACUGGAGGAGCCUCAGGAGAAGAAGUGGCCUAAUUUCAUUGAAGGUUUGUUUGAAUGCAUGCCAGUAGACCUGCUUCCUGCCUUGUCCUGCUCACUUUGCAUGUGA